AUGGCCGAUUUCGAUGCAACAGAACUAUCCAAGGACUUUGAAAACUUGAUGCGAAGUAAACGAUUCAAUGACUUCCAGGAACAAUAUUCGCAGUCCAGAUCCCGAACGGCUUCUCCAGCCCCUUCGCAAUCCGCACUCUCCUCAGACUCGACACAGACGACAUCGACGAUAAACCGACGACUACCUAUUAUGCCCCGCCGUCCACACGAUAGCGCUUCAGUGAAAUUCUGUAAUUUGCUACAUGUUUUGUCGGUGACUCCGACCAAGUAUGAGAAUCCGGGCUUGUUGGAUGAUGCUUUGACCGUCAUUCCACUCGAUCGCUUGUACUCAGAGGCAGAGAACGAAAGUCAAAUACACAAAGCUCGAUACGCCAGUAUGGGCAAGAAGCCGCAGUGGGGAUACCAAGAUUUUGUCAUCCGCUCGCUUCUCAAAUGGUUCAAAAAGUCAUUCUUCACCUGGGUCAACAAUCCUCAAUGCUCCAAAUGCCUUAUGCCGACAAUCGCUCACGGAAUGGUUCCUCCUACCCCGGAUGAGACAGCUCGUGGCGCAACACGGGUCGAGGGGUACAAGUGUUCGGGCUGUGGAGCGAUAGAACGGUUCCCGCGGUAUUCGGAUGUCUGGCAGUUGCUGCAGACUCGAUGCGGUCGCGGUGGUGAAUGGGCCAAUUGCUUUACGAUGCUUUGCCGAGCUUUGGGUAGUCGAGUGCGUUGGGUGUGGAACUCAGAGGACUACGUCUGGACCGAAGUAUAUUCUGAACACCAACGGAGAUGGGUACAUGUCGAUGCUUGCGAGGGUGUCUGGGACCAGCCGCGACUUUACACCGAAGGCUGGAAUCGCAAACUCUCAUAUUGCAUUGCAUUCUCUAUUGACGGCGCAACUGAUGUGACACGACGAUAUGUUCGAAGUUCUUCGAAACACGGGGCGCCACGAAACCGAGUUGCAGAAGACGUACUGUUGUGGGCGAUAUAUGAGAUACGCAGAUUGCGACGUGAAAAACUUUCCGAACAAGACCACCGACGGUUGAGGAAAGAGGACGAAAGAGAAGAGCGAGAGCUCCGCAUGUUUACGACCUCGGCCCUUGCAGCAGAGAUCACCUCUCUAUUCCCAGGCUCACGACGAUCGGCUCGGGGCGACGAGCAGAAGACGCCGUUAACCCAAGACGAAGCUGCAGCACAAUGGAUCAAUGGCAGACCGCAGAACGAAAAUGAAAGUCAAGGGCCGGAUUCUCAGCGGGAUUUUGAUCGCCGGUGA